AUGUUUAACAAAAUCAAACUGAGGAAAGCCCCUCUCUCACUUAGUUCCGUCAGCAAUGCCAUCAAAUCUUCAGGUACUUCAAACCUAAGCCCAGAAGUUUCCCCCAAACAUCUCAAAGUUACUGCGGGGGACCAGUUGGGACUUCCAGUCGAUUCCAUUGCUGCUAUUGCCUACGAUCCAGUUCAGUCACUAUUAGCUGUUGGUACAACAAACAACACGAUUCAUGUCUACGGGCAGAGCACCGUCGAGGUUGUCUUCGGGCUCAAGUCACUGGGUUCGGUGUCUCAUUUGAGAUUCGUCAAAGGUGUAUACUUGGUCUGCGUGGAAACAUCCGGUUCAAUCACAGUAUUAUCACUCGAGUCCAAGGAAAUCUUGGGCCAUUACCUGGCCCAUGGAACCGUAUGUGCAGUGGAAUCCGAUCCAUCUUUGGACUGGUUAGUGGUCGGCUUGAACAAUGGCUCUCUCAUAUUCUACGAUGUUGAUCGUCUUACAUUAACCCCAUUCAGAGUUGAUAAUUUGCAGAAGGUGGUGAUGCCAAAGCAGAAGAUGUCACCUGUUUUGUCUAUUGAGUGGCAUCCAAGAGAUAUCGGUUCGUUGUUGAUCUCCUACUCUCACUGUAUCGUCCAAUACUCCAUAGCUAGUGGAGGGAUCAAGAAUGCAUUCAUUUAUCAACUCGAUCCUAGUUGCAGAGGCUUUGAAUACUCCAAUUUGAUCGAAACAGGUGGGAAAAAGAAGCUUUUUGGCUCUCCGAAAGAGGUUUGUCCUAGGGUGAUUGAAGCUCAUUACCACCCAAAUGGUCUCCAUGUGGUCACAGUUCACGCAGACGGAACUCUUGCGUUUUGGGAUUCUAACAGUGCCACAUUACUAGAGGCCAGAACUAUCAAAGAAACUGGACUUCACAAGCAGGGUCCACCGGCACAGGUGGGUGCGUGCGGAGAAAUGAGAGCCAGAUGGAUCACGGGCCAAGAUCCAGAAUUGACACUGUUACUUGUAACAGGAGCCACCGCGGAAGCCCCAGACGUCAUUGAUAUUUUGGAUUUUGGCUAUACCUUGAAGUACAGUAUGACUUCCCACGAGAAGCAAGGUGAAUUCUACAGGAAGCCGCAGGAGGGCCAACGCAAGAUUCAUGUCAAGUUCAACCGCAGACUGCAAGAGCAGGGUCCCUUAGAGUACAUUACUCAUUUGCUCCCGCUUGCUGCUGAAGCACAACCAUAUUUCAAUGGCAGUCACAAUCCCUCAAGAAUCUUUCUCUUGUCAAGCUUAGGUGCUUUAUACAUGAGCCCCCUCAAUCCGCUCUCACCUCCGGAUAUGACUAUGCCUCCCUCUUUGGCGACAAUUCUUCCACCCCUUACCUUCUCGUCUUCUGAAUCUGUCAAGAGAGUUAACUGGUUCAGUAUUCUUUCUAACAGAAGAGCCAAAGGUGCACCACCAAAUACUUUGCUAUCAGGAGGUGCUGCCUCCAAUAAACUAUAUCCUCGCUCAAUUGGCCUUGAUGAAGGUUAUCAUACCGUAUCAAUUAAGGCUCAUGAGAAUGGCUCUGUUUGUCUCUUGGACGUAACCAGCGGAGAGUACAAUGAUGACGAGUCCAUCGUUCAGAUCAACUUGAAGGACACGUUGGAUAAUGGAACAGGUUCAGCAUCUUAUCGUCCAAUUAGUGUAUCGUGCAGUUUUGAAUCCCGUGAGAUGCUAGUCGGAUUGGCAAAUGGAAAUGUUGCCAUUUGUAAGUUCACUAAAGCUGGUGUUAACCCUCCAUCUCGUAGUGGUUACGACCAGUGCGCUGUACAGCAUUCGAAUGGCACUGCUAAAAUUAUUGAUUUGUCUCGUCGCAUUCUGGGGAAUUUUUCUCAACCAUCGUUCAUGCCAGUUUCUCUCUUGCAAACUGAAUCCAGUGACAGAAUCUCGUGCUUGAAGCUGACAGAUGCUGGCUUUGCUGCCGUGGGUUACAAAUCAGGAAGACUUGUUGUUUGUGAUAUUUCUCGAGGUCCAGCAGUGAUCAUGAAUUUAGAGAACAUCACAAGACACUUGCCCUCAGUUAGCGGAGAAUGCUAUGUCACCUCUCUUGAGUUUUCCAUCAUGGAGUACGGUCAAGAUGGAUACUCCUCCUUACUCUUAUUUGUGGGAACUAAUUCCGGAGGAAAUCUAAUGACUUUUAAGAUUGUCCCCCAGUCGAAUGGUGCAUUUGAUGUCGCUUUUGCUGACAAGACACUUGGACUUAAUUACAGAAGUAAAGAAAAUGAGGAUUCCCGAUUGGACAAGAUAAUGCCCAUUAAUGCGGCAACUGGAGAAUCUGCUGUGGCGACACUUGAAAUGUUCAGAGCAUUGGCCCGCAACAUUGUUAUACCUGGUUACGUAGUGGUUAGUUCCAAAAGAGACCUCAGAGUUCUCAAGACACCUAAACAGAAGUUGGCUCACAAAGUGGUCGACGAGACAUGUGUUUCCUGUGGUAUAGUCAAUAUCCGUCCAAAAGGCAUAGCUUUAGCGGCUUUGACGGAAACUGGGUUCGUGAAGCUCUUUUCACUUCCCUCUCUUGGUGACGUUGCAGACAUUAAGCUCCCCGUUGACAUCUACAAGAAACUACAGAAUGUUUUGAAAGGAAGAGCAGCUCAAAAUUCAACCGUGAUAUCUUCGGGUGAAAUCAUUGUCCUGAUGAGCACCUCGGAGACAUUGAAUUUAUUGAUUUACGAUGAGUCCAAGAAUAAGAGUCUUCCAAAGACAAAUCCUACCGAUUUAUUGUUCAACAAGAACGCCAUUAUUCCACCCCGCCCAACAGCAGGUGCGUUGCUGUGGGCAAAGGGACAAGCAAGCUACAUAUCUAGCCAAGAUUUGGCUUCGUUGAUCGCUGGCCCCAACAGAAAACCUGCCAAACACUCGGAAAGUGAAUUGGCGUACAAUAUCAGUCCGGAAGCCAACCCCAACAUGUCCUAUGGAGCGUACGCAGGCGCAAUAGCAUCAAAGGAGCCCGAAAAAGCUUACGAGCAACCUGUUCGUAGAGCCACAAGCACGAACCCUUAUGCAUUUGGUACUGGUGGAUUCAUGAAGACCAUGCGGGAUGGCCUAGAUGCCGUGGAGGAAGGCAUGAACCAGUAUGCUAGUGGACUUUCUGAAUCAAUGAAUGAAACUGUGGAGAGCCUGAAACGGUCAUUUUACUCGCUGGCUAUUAAGAGCAAGUUCGGAGUGUAA